CUUCUAUGAUCAAGUUUGACUCGAUUGUUUUGAAAAUAUUUUGGAAAACUCGUUUUUAUAUUUCGUUACUAAUUUUGAAGGAUUAGGUUAUUCUCGUACUUUCGUAGUGGUAUGAUUGAACAAAUAAACGUUACGAAAUGCGUAUGUCUAUCAACACUCCCGAAGAUAACACCAUCAACGAGCAAUUUAUUAAGUUAGUAAAAGAAACUCCUAUUCUGUGGAAUAUACGCCUACGAGAUUACCGGAAUCGAGAUAUGAAGAUCCAGAAGUGGGCUGAAAUAGGAGCCCCUUUCAACAUCUCUGGAACUGACGCAUACAAAAAAUUUGUAGCUCUUCGAGAAAAAUAUAAACGCGAACAAAAACUGAGAGAAUCGAAGAAUAUUUCGCAAAGCGAAAGUUGGCGACUGUACGAAAGUUUAAAAUUCCUCGACACGGUAUCAUUUUCCCGAGAUCGGAAGUGUCACAAGGCUAAAAUAUUGCUUAAUGGUCAAAAUAGUUUUCCGAUGGGUAUCAUAAAUCAGGACUUUGCUUCGAUAGUAAAAACAGAACUAACAGAGACGCAACAAGGACCGGUAUCUACUUCACCUAUAUAUGUAUCGGGGGUACCAUCAGAAAAUGAAUUCAGUGAAUCAUACCAGGAUAAUUCCGAAUAUUACAAUGAGACAACGAGACAAGAUAAUAUUUCCGAAGAUCACGAUGGAUUAGAUUGCGAGGAGAAAAUGCAUAGCAUUCCUGCCGGAUCGGCUACUUCUUCUCAUACGCAUCAGUUUCUGAAUCGAUUGGAAUCAAAGACAAAUGCACUAUUAGACGAUUGCAACCAACGAAAGACCAGCUGGGCGCGCUGUGAAACUCUAGGGCAACGUGUGGCUCAAACAAUGUAUGCAUUGGAAGAGAACGACCCCGACCUAGCGCUUAAGUUCGACAUCAUUCUCAGUGAAGCUAUUAGUAGUAUUAAGAAGGAUCAACUUCAGAGGUUGAUGAGUAGACAGCAGCAGCAGCAGCACCGACACCUUCAAGAAAUAUCUAGGCAACAGCAAUUAUCUUUACAACAGUCUAGCCGGAGCAGUGAUAGCGGUACCGUGUUUCAAGAAGAUUGAAAUUAAUUCUCAAUUAAAGUCAAGACUUUCUCUGAUGAUCAUAAUUGUCGAUAUGAUACCUUAACUAUGAACAAAUGCUUUGACACAAUAUUAUCUUUGCAUCGAAAUACAUUGUGUUUUCUACUCUUUCUGACCGAUGCAUGGAACAAAAUCUUGUCAACGUUUGUAAAAGUAUGUUAGUAAAUAAAAUUGUAUACGUAUUCUUUGUUCGGAAAACGUC